GGCGCCCUGGGGCGGGACUUCCGGCGACGCUGCCGGAAGGGCGCGGGCGUGAGCCGGAAGUCUUCCGGCGGCCGCGCUAGUGGGCCGCAGUGACGCCGCUGGCGCCAUGGGCAAGAGGGACCGGGCCGACCGCGACAGGAAGAAGUCCCGGAAGCGGCACUACGAGGACGAGCAGGAAGAUGAGGACGACGCCCCUGGGAUCGACUCCCAGGAAGCGGUGCCCUCGGCCGCCGGGAAGCAGGUGGAUGAGCCCGGCAGCAAAGUGGACGAAUAUGGAGCGAAGGACUACAGGCUGCAGAUGCCGCUGAAGGACGACCACGCGUCCAGGCCCCUGUGGGUGGCUCCUGAUGGCCACAUCUUCUUAGAAGCCUUCUCUCCAGUUUACAAAUAUGCUCAAGACUUCCUGGUGGCUAUUGCAGAGCCGGUGUGCCGACCAACCCACGUGCAUGAGUACAAGCUAACUGCCUACUCCCUGUAUGCAGCCGUCAGCGUUGGGCUGCAGACCAGUGACAUCACUGAGUACCUCAGGAAGCUCAGCAAGACCGGAGUCCCUGAUGGAAUUAUUCAGUUUAUCAAGCUGUGCACUGUCAGCUAUGGAAAAGUCAAGUUGGUCCUGAAGCACAACAGGUACUUCGUUGAAAGUUCCCACCCCGAUGUCAUCCAGCAUCUUCUUCAGGAUCCGGUGAUCCGGGAAUGCCGCCUGAGGAACUCCGACGGGGAGGCUACUGAGCUCAUCACAGAGACUUUCACAAGCAAAUCCGCUAUUGCUAAGACUGCUGAAGGCGGUGGUGGGCCCUCCACUUCCCGGGUGACGGAUCCACAGGGCAAAUCUGACAUCCCCACGGACCUGUUUGACUUUUAUGAGCAGAUGGACAAGGAUGAGGAAGAAGAAGAGGAGACGCAGACAGUGUCUUUUGAAGUGAAGCAGGAAAUGAUCGAGGAACUGCAGCGGCGUUGCAUCCGCCUGGAGUACCCUCUGCUGGCAGAAUACGACUUCCGGAAUGAUUCUGUUAACCCUGAUAUCAACAUUGACCUGAAGCCCACAGCCGUCCUCAGGCCUUACCAGGAGAAGAGCUUGCGGAAGAUGUUUGGGAACGGGCGUGCCCGCUCCGGGGUCAUCGUGCUUCCUUGCGGUGCUGGGAAGUCCCUGGUUGGCGUGACAGCUGCGUGCACUGUCAGAAAACGCUGUCUGGUGCUGGGCAACUCAGCUGUGUCUGUGGAGCAGUGGAAAGCCCAGUUCAAGAUGUGGUCCACCAUUGACGACAGUCAGAUCUGCCGCUUCACCUCCGACGCCAAGGAUAAGCCCAUAGGCUGCUCCAUUGCCAUUAGUACCUACUCCAUGCUGGGCCACACUACCAGGAGGUCCUGGGAGGCCGAGCGGGUCAUGGAGUGGCUCAAGACUCAGGAGUGGGGCCUCAUGAUCUUGGACGAAGUACACACCAUACCAGCCAAGAUGUUCCGACGGGUGCUCACCAUCGUGCAGGCCCACUGCAAGCUGGGUUUGACUGCAACCCUCGUCCGGGAAGAUGACAAAAUCGUCGACUUAAAUUUUCUGAUUGGGCCCAAGCUCUAUGAAGCCAACUGGAUGGAGCUGCAGAACAGUGGCUACAUCGCCAAGGUCCAGUGUGCCGAGGUUUGGUGCCCGAUGUCUCCUGAGUUUUACCGGGAGUAUGUGGCCAUUAAAACCAAGAAACGAAUCUUGCUGUACACCAUGAACCCCAACAAAUUUAGGGCUUGCCAGUUUCUGAUCAAGUUUCAUGAAAGAAGGAAUGACAAGAUUAUUGUCUUUGCUGACAACGUGUUCGCCCUGAAGGAGUAUGCCAUCCGGCUGAACAAACCCUAUAUCUAUGGCCCUACAUCCCAGGGAGAAAGGAUGCAGAUUCUCCAGAACUUCAAGCACAACCCCAAAAUCAACACCAUCUUCAUAUCAAAGGUGGGUGACACGUCCUUUGAUCUUCCGGAAGCAAAUGUCCUCAUUCAGAUCUCCUCUCACGGUGGCUCCCGGCGGCAGGAGGCUCAGAGGCUGGGGCGAGUGCUCCGGGCCAAAAAAGGGAUGGCUGCAGAGGAGUACAAUGCCUUCUUCUACUCACUGGUGUCCCAGGACACCCAGGAGAUGGCUUAUUCAACCAAGCGGCAGAGGUUCCUGGUGGAUCAGGGUUAUAGCUUUAAGGUGAUCACAAAGCUUGCCGGCAUGGAGGAGGAAGAGCUGGCAUUUUCGACGAAAGAAGAGCAACAGCAGCUCCUACAGAAAGUCCUGGCAGCCACAGACCUGGAUGCUGAGGAAGAGGUGGUGGCAGGGGAAUUUGGCUCCAAAUCCAGCCAGGUGUCUCGGCGCUCUGGCACCAUGAGCUCCCUGUCUGGGGCUGACGACACCGUGUACAUGGAGUACCACUCAGCACGGAGCAAGGUUUCCACAAGGCACGUGCACCCGCUUUUCAAGCGCUUCAGGAAGUGACACCACAGGGCACGUAGGUGAUGGUGGGUGCCACCAGCGUCGGGAAGGGAUUUCACACAGCAUUGCCCUCCACGUCCAGGAUCUUUCCUCUGGCGUUGGCCAGACUGGCCUCAGUUCUCCGUCUGUUGACUGUGUUGAAGAACUUGCAUUGAGAGCUUGGUUCUGUCUCCCUGGGUCAUCCAGGGUUUAAGAAAAGUUGCGGGGACUAUAUAUAUAUAUAUAUAUAUAUUUUUUCUUUUUGUGAACCACUCUUCAGUCUUGCUAGAGAAUGGUCAUUCCAGGAUAUAAAAAUUUGUAGUAUUCAAAGUGUAUUUAUCAUAAUGUUCUCCUGAAUAAACAGAAAUGGCAUGUUUA